AUGGCAUUCCGACAAAGACUCGCGAAACCCUUAUUAUACACAAUAGGAGCUACAACAGUUGGUGGUGGCGUCCUCUACUACACAUACCGACCUCGAAAUAUUCCCGGUUUCGACUCCGCCGUCGUUCCUCCUUUUGGCGCAGAUGGCCACUUUCGUCCCCCUCGUUUCCCAAAGAUUAAAACGAGAGCAGAACAAAUCGCAGAUUUAAAACGAAGUGGAGGUUCUCAAGGUGCCUCGGCGAAUACGACUCCCCAAAAUGAAGAUGAUGUCUAUGAUUUAUUGGUCAUUGGUGCUGGAGCGACAGGAGCAGGUGUAGCUCUUGAUGCUGCUACCAGAGGAUUAAAGGUCGCGGUGGUCGAAAGAGAUGAUUUUAGUAGUGGGACCAGUAGUAAGAGUACAAAAUUGGUUCAUGGUGGUGUACGAUAUUUGGAAAAGGCGGUUUGGGAAUUAGAUUAUAAUCAAUAUGCGUUGGUGAAGGAGGCAUUGAGGGAACGAAAAUAUUUCUUGGACACGGCACCGCAUUUAUCGAGUUGGUUACCUAUCAUGCUACCUUUGGAUAAAUGGUGGAAAGCUCCUUAUUAUUGGGCAGGUACGAAAGCAUAUGAUUUCUUGGCUGGUUCCGAGGGUAUUGAAACUUCGUAUUUCUUAACUAGGAGUAAGGCUUUGGAUGCUUUUCCUAUGUUGAAGAAGGAUAAUUUGGUCGGUGCUUUGGUUUACUAUGAUGGUGCUCAUAAUGAUUCGAGGAUGAACGUUUCUUUGGCCAUGACUGCUGCAUUAUAUGGAGGUACCGUGGUUAACCAUCUCGAGGUUACUGGGUUGGAAAAGGAUGCUAAUGGUAAAUUAUGCGGUGCAACGGUUAAGGAUUUGAUUGAUGAAAAGGAUGGAAAGACAUCAAAGGAAUUCAAAAUCAGAGCGAAAGGUGUAAUCAACGCUACCGGACCAUUCUGCGAUUCCAUUAGAAAGAUGGACGAUCAAGGAGUAAAGGAAAUUGUUGCACCAAGUUCUGGUGUUCACGUUAUUCUUCCUGGUUAUUACAGUCCUCAAAAGAUGGGUCUCAUUGAUCCUAAAACUUCUGAUGGCAGAGUUAUUUUCUUCCUUCCAUGGCAAGGAAAUACAAUUGCUGGUACCACCGAUUCUCCUACCAAAAUUUCUUACAACCCGGUCGCAAGCGAAGAAGAAAUUGAUUGGAUUCUUUCUGAAAUUCGUCGCUACCUCGCUCCAGAUAUCAAUGUUCGUCGAGGUGAUGUUCUAGCAGCUUGGUCUGGAAUUCGUCCUUUGGUCAAAGAUCCAAAUGCAAAGAAUACCGAAUCUCUCGUUCGCAACCAUCUCAUCAAUAUUUCACCUUCUGGCCUUCUCACUUGUGCAGGUGGUAAGUGGACUACUUAUCGUCAAAUGGCUGAAGAAUGUGUCGAUGAAGCCAUCUCGGAAUUCAAACUUCAACCUAAACCAGUAAGAAACGCACCAGAUGUUUCCGGGACACAAUUGCAUGAUGAUGGAGCACAUCUAAAUGGAACAUGUCAAACUCAUCAAGUUAAACUUGUUGGUGCACAUGGUUUCUCCAAAACUCUCUUCAUUAACCUCAUUCAACAUUUUGGUCUCGAAACAGAUGUUGCCAAACACCUUACUGAGAAUUAUGGUGACAGAGCUUGGACAGUAGCGUCUCUCAGUACUCCAACUGAACAAAGAUUCCCUGUUAGAGGAGAGAAAAUAUCUCCUCUUUAUCCAUUUGUGGAUGGUGAGAUUAGAUAUGCGGUUAGACAUGAAUAUGCUCAAACUGCUGUAGAUGUUUUGGCUAGAAGAACUAGAUUGGCAUUUUUGAAUGCUCAGGCUGCUUUGGAAGCGGCUCCUAAGGUUAUUGAUAUUAUGGCUGGAGAGUUGGGAUGGAGUAAUAAGAGGAAGGAGACUGAAUGGACCGAUACCGUCAAGUUCCUCGAAUCAAUGGGUCUACCAAAAUCCAAAUUAUCAGCAACUAGAAAACAGGUCGAGAGUGGAACAUUAAAUUUUAAGGAUUCAGUCGAAUACAAAAUGUAUAGUAGACAUGAUCAACCUGGUGAUGAAUUGGAGAGUGAUCUUAGAUUUGGAAAUAAGGGGGGUAUGAAGCCUGGUAGUCCAGCGGAGAAAUAA